AGAAAGGAGACGAGGUGAUACAGGUCAAUAGUCAAAUUGUGGCAGGGUGGUCACUGACAAAACUUGUUAGUCUGUUGAAAGAAAAUCCUAAGGAGGUCAUUUUAUUAUUGAAGAAGCGUCCACGUCAUAUUAGCCCUUACGGACAGAUGAAGAGGCCAAACAUGAUAAACAAACAUACAACAGAUUUCUCCACUCUACCUAAGUCAAUAAAGAAGAGAAGGUCACAGAAUGGCGAGGCAAAACAACUACGACCCUCUCUACAAGAGUUUGUCAACACAGUACCUAGUAAUGAAGAGACAGAGGAACUGGAUUCACCAAAAGAGACAAAUGAUGUAACGAUACUGACAAUGAUGUUUUCCGCAGGCGGUUCUGAAUCUCCACAAUUUUUUACACAGUUCACUUUGCCGGUCCAGUCCGACCCAAAACAGCGGCGUGCCACAGUGAGCGGUGGUUCCCCCACACUCUCACGACCUUUGUUAGUGAUCGAGGACAUUGAUACACCUAGCAGACCAAAAUCCUUCACCAUUGCAACAGCAUCAGGAGUUAUGCCUCAUGAAAUCAUAAUUAACUCCCCUUCUGGAGACCCCAAUCUGACAGACCUACAGAGAUCAACGUCUGCUGUAGAAAAGAGACAAGAUUAUAAGACAAAUGAAGAAGUAAAAGCAAAAGAAGAUUUAGAUAGUGGUGUUGAACCUUUAAGUGAUGACAUGACAUCAGAAAGUUUAUACGAGCGUACAAGUCAGUCGCCAGAAAGAUUGUUAGACAGUUCAACAGAUUCUGUUCCUCCCUAG